AUGUCUGCGGAGAAUCUAGACACGGAACGUGUCAUAACAGAAGUUCGAGGUCAACCAUCAUUAUGGGAUCUUAGCGAGAUUUUGUAUAAAGAUCGUGAUGCGAAACUACGAGCGUGGACAGAAGUAUGCCGAGCAUUGUUUCCUGGUUAUGAUGAUUUACCAGAUAAGGAGAAACAGGAAAUUGUAAAACAAGUACAACUACGGUGGAGAACUGCGCGUGACGCAUAUAUGAAAUGUAAAAAUUCAUUAAAAAAUGUGAAGUCUGGAUCCGGUGGUGGAAAGAAAUCCAAAUACGUGUAUUUUGAACACAUGCAGUUUCUGGACAUAAAACUUAUUGUUGAUACUAUUGAAUCUAUUAAUGAAUGUCAAAAUACGAAUGAAACAUGCAGCAUUCUACCACCUAGCCACUCUACGCACAAUCAAUCUCAGUUGCCUUCAACAAGUCGAGAUGCUGGUAAUUCUUCAGAAAUUACACUAACCCCACCCACCAUCUCUAAACCAAACCAAACUACAUUUCAGAAAAACCCAAAAAAACCUAAAAACCGCGAGGAUUCUGAAAAAAAAUUUUUUUAA